CGGGGCUAAGGGCGCGCUCCCGACGCCGUCAGCGGGGCCGCGCGGUGCGGUGCGGUGCGGUGCGGCGCGGCGCGGCGCGGCCGCGGCCCCAUGAAGGAGGAGCGCGAGCAGCUGGGCACCUUCGGGCGAUGGCUGGAGGAGAAGGAUGGGCAGAGGGAGGAAGCCAGCGCUGUGCCGACGUGGGAGCAGCACUGCGGCGGCCCCGGGCCGGGUCCCGGUGGGAGCGAUGCGGGGCUGAGCCCCACUGACAGUGCCAGGGCUCAGCUGGGGCCUGAGUGCUCCGAGUGCGGCCUCAGUGCCCCACAGAGGCCUGGGGCAGGGCUGCGGCCUAGUGCGGGGCUGCGGCCUGCUGUGGGGCUGCGGCCUGCUGUGGGGCUGAGGCCGAGCAUGGGGCAGCCGCUGGCACACAGCACCGCCGGGAGCUGCCCCUCUCUCUGCAGUGCCUGCGGCCGAGGCCUGGCCCUGGAGCCCUCAGCGCCCCGCAAGGAGCGCAAGGAGCUGUCGCUGACGGAGAAGGUGCGCGUGCUGGAGAUGCUGGAAGGCCCCAAGGUGUCCCAGAGCGAGCUGGCCAAGCGCUUUGGUGUGUCGCAGCCGCAGAUCUGCCGCAUCAUUAAGAACAAGGAAAAGAUCCUGAGCGAGUGGCAGCGCAACGGCAACCCCGAGCGCAAGCGCAAGCGGGAGGGCAAAGAGACGGCGGUGGAGGCCGCGCUGCUGCGCUGGGUGGAGGGCGCCCGUGCAGCCGAGCUGCCCGUCAGCAGCACGCUGCUGCAGCUGAAGGCCAAGCACCUGGCCGAGGCGCUGGGCACGCCGGGCUUCGAGCCUAGUGGCAGCUGGCUGGCACGCUUCAAACUGCGCCAUAACAUCACCCUCGAGAAGCCGACACUGCUGCAGGACAGCGGGGCUGAGCACCAGAGCACGCUGCCCGAGCUGCUGCGCAGCUAUGCGCCCUCUGAGGUGUACAGCUGUGGGGAGACUGAGGUCCAGCUGAGAGCCGAUGGCGAGAGGCUGACGCUGCUGCUCUGCACCAACGCUGAUGGCUCGGAGAAGGCGGCGCUGCGGGCGGUGGGACGCAGACCCCAUCCCCUCUGCCUGCACGGCAUCAACCUGCGGCACAUGCCCUGGAGCUACCGUGGCGGCAGCCAGGGCCGCAUGAGCGCCGCGCUGUUUGCCGAGUGGCUGCAGGACUUCAAUGAGGAGAUGCAGCGCAAGGGGAAGAGCGUCCUGCUGCUGGUCGAGGAGCGUGAGGAGCACCCCUACCUCGAGCUGUCCAAUGUCCGGAUGGUCUUCACACCGCCUGCUGCCGUGCUGGCACAGCCCCUGCACCGUGGCAUCGCCAGGGACCUGAAGGGCCACUACCGGCGCCGGCUGCUGACCCAGACCCCAGCAGCACAUGGCUCGGAGCCCCCCACCCUGCUGGAUGCCCUGCACAUGCUGGCACAAGCGUGGGGCGACGUGCGUCCGGGGCUCAUCGCCGGCUGCUUCCGUGCCGCCAGCUUCAGCCCCAGUACCAGCCCUGACGAACUGCUGGCACCCGUUUGGCUCGGCCAGGAGCAGCUGGAGAGUUGUGGGUUGAUGGAUGAGGGGUUGGAGCGCCUUGGGGAUGCUGACACGGCCGAGGCAGAGGACUGGGACAGGGGUAUGGAGGAGGGUGAGGACACUGGGGAGCCAGUGGCGGUGCGGCCAUGCCCCUCAGAGCCCGAGGUGUGGGACAGUCUGGCCACGCUGCGGCGGUACCUGGAGUGCCGGGCCACCUCUCCAGACCUCUUGCUGACAUUCUACACGCUGCAGGACUCUGUACAUAUGGUGUCAGCCGGUGCCGAGCCAGCACUGCUCAGGGACAGCCGUCCCAAGCAGUGAGUGGGGUGGUGGCACCAAUGGGUGCCCCAUCUCGAGCAGAGCUUCUGCCAGCAGCACCCACUGCCACUGUGGAGCUGCACUGCAUAUGAUGGGGGAGGGAGUGGACGGGAUGAUGCCACUGUGCUAGCCUUGUCUCUGCGCCUAGGGGCCCAGCAAGGAAGCAGGGAGCUCCAGAGGUUGACAACGGGCACAUUAAAACUGAGCAAGUCAGCGAA